AUGGCCGUGGACUUCCGCAGACGUCACUCUGCCGCUCCAGCCCCAGUGAACAUCCAGGGAAAGGACAUUGAGAGAGUGGACUCUUACAAGUACCUGGGUAUCAUCUUGUACGGUGUGGUCUGCUGGAGCAACAGCAUCACAGAGAGGGACAGGAAGAAGCUGGACAAGGUCAUCAGGAAGUCCAGCUCAGUCCUGGGCUGUUCCCUGGACACAAUGCAGCAGGUGGGGGACAGGAGGGUCCUGGACAAACUAACAUUAUUGCUGGACCAUGACUGUCACCCCCUGAUGACGGGACCUCUGGACCUGGCCUCCUCCAUCUACACCUGCGGACUGCCCUGCCCGACCCGCCUGGGAGUUCUUCAGUGCUGUACCAGACCUGUCCACGUUCAACGUCCACUGGUCCACUGGUCCACAGCUUAG